CUGACUGAAGUACACGUCGCGAGAUUUCCGUGAUGGCUAACGAUAACUAGCUCACUGAGCCGACUGGGUGCUGGGACACCGGGUCGUGGAUAUUUCUCUACAGUUGCAGACGCUGCUCUGGAUCAUACACAGUAAAUCGGAGCGGACACUACAAGGACAAGCUGGCUGUUGGACUUAAGCUUCAUAACUGACCCGUGGACAGUCCGUGGUUCCCGUGCUUUAAUCGCCAGAAGUCAUCCAGCCACAUCGUGGAUCUUUAGCCCUCCAGGCAGGACAGUGGCAGAGGCAGAGCCAUCAGGGAUCACAUCAGGGCUCCAUGAGCACCAAGGGACAGCAAGGGGGGAGCCUGCGUACUCGCCGAAGCCUUACCCGGGACAAGGAUCAGAGGCCAGGCACAGGCAUGGAGGCGGCCUGCUGGCUGUCUCCUGGGGUGCUGCGCAGGCUGAUUGAGCUUCCUUCUCCCCCUCUAUCCCGGCACCAGCUAAAGAGACUGGAGGAGCAUAGGUACAGCAGUGCUGGACGCUCGCUGCUGGAGCCUCUGAUGCAACGCUAUUGGGAGUGGUUGGUUGGACAAGUCCCUUCCUGGAUUGCCCCCAACCUCAUCACCAUCGUCGGCCUGGCCACCAAUGUCUUCACCACCCUCGUGCUUGUCUACUACUGCCCCACUGCCACUGAGCAGGCUCCUCUCUGGGCAUACCUAAUGUGUGCAGUGGGUCUCUUUAUCUACCAGUCAUUGGAUGCCAUUGAUGGAAAACAGGCCAGACGCACCAAUAGCAGCUCUCCAUUGGGCGAGCUGUUUGACCACGGCUGCGACUCCCUCUCUACAGUGUUUGUUGUACUGGGAACCAGUAUAGCAGUGCAACUGGGGACCAACCCAGACUGGAUGUUCUUCUGCUGCUUCGCUGGGAUGUUUAUGUUCUACUGUGCCCACUGGCAAACAUACGUGUCAGGAACGCUACGCUUUGGCAUAUUUGACAUAACAGAGUUGCAGCUCUGUCUAGCAGGAUUACAGAUGCUCACAGCCACUGUUGGUCCCUCCCUGUGGAACAUGAUGAUUCCCGUCCUAAAUAUCCAGAUGAAAAUGAUUCCAGCCAUUUGCACUUUAUUAGGAGCCAUCUUCUCUUGCACAAAUUACUUCAGAGUUAUAUUUACUGGAGGUGUUGGUAAAAAUGGAUCCACAAUAGCAGGAACCAGCGUCCUCUCUCCUGUCCUACAUAUUGGUUCAGUUAUAAUUUUGGCAAUGAUGAUAUACAAAAAGUCUGCUGUUCAGCUCUUCGAGAAACAUCCAUGUCUGUAUAUCCUGGCGUUUGGUUUCGUAUCAGCCAAAAUCACAAAUAAAUUAGUUGUAGCACAUAUGACAAAAAGUGAGAUGCAUCUCCAUGAUUUAGCCUUCUUGGGGCCAGGAUUACUGUUUCUCGAUCAGUAUUUCAAUAGUUUUAUUGAUGAAUACCUUGUACUCUGGAUUGCACUGAUCAUUUCUCUGUUUGACCUGGUGCGCUACUGUGUCAGUGUUUGCAACCAGAUUGCCUGCCAUCUUCACAUUUUUGUUUUCAAAAUCAAGCCUUUGCUUAGUCCCCAGUCCAGCUAAUCACUGAGGGGACGCCAGCCAUUACUGACUCUGUCCCUUCCACUUAGUCGCACUCAUCUUCUCUUCCCUCAGUUUUACUCCUGAAGAGGCAGGAGUUGAUGUGGUGUAAAAUAUGUGCUUCUGCCAACUGAAUAUGAGGACAAAUAUGAUGCAAUAGGAUACUGGAGUAUUACUGUCAUUUUUUCUUUUCUAUGUUUUUUCCACCAAUACAGAAUUGAAUUUCUGACAAAUUCAUGGUUACGAUGAGCAAAUGUUUCAGAGGAGUACAGGUGCUACUCUGUGCGUCCAAGGAGAGAAACUUACAUGUGUUUUAACUGUAUAAGUGCAAGAAAAUGUACAACGAACGAAUCAAGGUUUUUGCUUUUCAUGAUAAGGAUUUUUGUAAUAUUUGCCUAACUUUAACUUUUGCUAUUGUAAAUAGGAAACUGUUACAGUGUGCUUCUCUUAAGUUAAACGUCCUGCUACAACACAUAUAAAUAUAUAAAUAUAUAUAUAAAUUUCAUGUAUUGGAUUUUUAAUGCAACUUCAUCUUCUGCACAUGAAUCAAAACUGUGCUGCUAUUUUGUAUCAGCAAAAUGUGUUUUUGAAGGAAACAGCAGCAACUUUAUUUUAUUAUGUAACAUAUCAGAACAUAUUUUUUUUAUUUUCAUUUCUUUUGUACUUCAAAAAUAUUCACUGCCAGUCCAUUCUCGGUUUAAUCUGUUGAUAUUUUGUUUUGCUUUCUGCAUUACUGGGUUUUGUACACUUUAAAGUUUAAUGAGAAGGUUUUCUUUGCUUUAUUUUUUGGUUACAAAAAACAUUUUCACAAGUGGGAAAGGAGAACUAUAUUGAGUGAAAGGACUCUUUAAAGGCAUUUAUAGUUUUGCAGGUGUGUAUGAGAGACUAAUAGUGGCCUUUGAUCUCUACAGUAAUUUGGUAGUAAUUUCACACAUUUUGAGCUUUUGAUAACUAAAAUAAAAACUUGUGUUUCAGUCUUGUCACGGUUCACCGGCUGUCGCAUCCACUCCGCCCAAAAAGAAAUCCCAUGAAAAGACCAAAUCAUACCUGCAUGUCUCACUUUUAUUGCCUACUUUUACUGAGAUGUUUGCACCAACUUGAUAUGUAACGGUGGGUGAUACAUUAUUUUGAUUAAAAUUUAUCUAAUUUUCUAAGCUGCUCAUUCUUCUAUUUUAACAUUUUUUUCCUUACCAUUUUUUCUUAGAUUGCGAUGUAAAUUGUGAUUAAAAUCACCAAGUCUGUUAAUUCAUAGUAACAUAUGAAUAAAUGACAGCAAAAUGAUGCAAACUUAAUGACACCGAAUUGUGACUUUUAUUUGAAAGUCCUUCUUAGAGCAUCUGAUGGUUUUUUUUCUUCUUUUUUUUUCCCUACAUUUGUCUUUUCAUGGGAUUUGUGGAUAAGAAAUCCCCAGACUCUCACCAGACUGAUGAAUGAACACAGUGCAGCUGCCUGGCUGAAUCCUCCUUGAGAGCUGUGUCUAAUAUUGAUCUCACCGUUUCCCCCAAACACGUCUGCUGUAACAACAAGUGCACACGUGAAUGAAUGCGCAGGAGAUGAGGUGUAAAAACAAGCUCAUGUUUUAUUUCCCCUUUUUUUUUGUGAUGAUCAAGUUUAUUAAAACCCCAUCUGUUCUGUUUGCGGUUGCUGCUGCUCACUCACCUCAGACUCACGCCGUGUUUAAGAUUGCUGCUGCUGCUGGAGAGGGUUUCCAUUGCUGGUCUGGAUUCAUACAGACCAGGUUAUAAUUUCCUGCUUAUGCAUUUUGUGCCUGUCAAUGUUUGUUUGUUUGGUUUUUUUUUCAAAUUCUUUUUCUAGGACUAUACAGUUUUUUUUACCAUCUGUAAUGCCAAGUGUUCAGUCUCAAAAAGUGUGCAGUAUCUCAGUUUCCAUUAACCAAUUUCAAAAUGAUUGUGGUGUUUAAUCAUCCAGAUAUCUGAUUAUAUCUUUACAUAAGUGUUGGAAGACUGGCUCACCCAGAUCAGACUUUUUCUUUUUAUACAUUUAUUUGAGAAGGGAUUUUCUGAAAAUAAAAACUUUAAUCCAGAAGAAUGUUUAAUGGGUUUUGACACUCUACAUAAAAAAAAUAAUAAUCUUGCUUUACACAAGCAUGUCAUAUAUGCCAAAUCAAAUUUUUGAUUCAUUUUAGAACAAACCAGCUAAAAAUUAAUUUGAAUUUUUGAGUAACACUGUUUUAAAUAAAAGAUUGACUAAAAAUUGGUAGAUUUCUUUCCAACACCUGAAAAAUAAUGUAAAAAUUGAAUUGGUAGAAAAAUUACUUUGACAAAAUCCAAUAUUUUAGGUUCCCAGUCCCCAUUGUAAAUCAGGUAAUAAAAAAAUAAGAGGCUUUAUAUGUCAAAAACACUGAACAUUUACCAAUUGCAAUUUCAAAAACUUUAUUUGUCUUCAAACUGAACUAAGCUGCAUUCAAAUGUUUGCUGAAUAGGAUGCCUAAAAGACUUGCGGUUUAUAAUAAAAUUACAACAAUCUAGAGGGAUUUGGGUGAUCCAGGUCAUCAAAAGAACAUAGCGGAGGGCUCCACUUUGCAGAUUUGGUAUGAAAUACAAGGUACAUUUAAGAAAAGUCAUAGAAUGUCAUUUUCCUGUCUUUAUUUCUGGUUCUCAGUGUUCUAGGACAAAAUAAGGAAUGAACUGGUUCCUCGAUCUGCAUGUUGUAGUAUUCCACUGUACAGUUUGUAUCUGGAGAGGCUUUGUAUGACUUCUACCUGAAAACUCAGCUGAACAACUUUUCAUAAUGACUGUGGUACACCACCAUCACUGCAGCUUGUGUGCUUAUAGUUCCUGGCAUCAGGUCCACUUUCAUCUGUGAAGUUAAAAAAGAUGCCUUAAUGAACUCAUUCGUUUUCUAUUACUUUGUACAAAUUGAAGCCUUUCUCGAUGAGCGCGUUGUCACCGUGUGCACGUGCUCUCAGAAGCUUGUGGAAAAAUUUGUCUUCUGUUGGCCAGAAUGCCAAGCUCAGGUAUUUCACCAGUGUGCGCCACAGUGUGUUGGAUCACCUGACAAUCUCUGCUUCAUCUAACAAUGCAAAUAAAUUUAAUAUUCCCACCUAAAAA